AUGCUGCGUGCCGUGCAGGACGACAACGAGGACAAUGCAACAUUGGCGUUCAAGGUUAUCAUCGACCUGCACCGCUCGUUCAAGGUCGUGCUACAGAACCAGCCGUUCCUGGAGCUGGUGCAAAAGCUGUAUAUGAAUAUGCGGGCAGCGGUCGCCGAGGCGUUUGGCACGGAGCAGACGCCCGGCAAGGCAGCGGCGGCGCCGCCAGGAGAGGGCGACACGUUCCUCGCGCUCUCGUCCGAGGGCCAGGAGGCGUCGCCCACGGUCGCGGCGCCGCGCACGCUGCUCAGGAGCUCUCAGAGCUUCAAGGUGCUGACGGAAUGCCCGAUUGCCAUCGUGCUGAUCUUCCAGACCUACCGCCAGGUUGUCAGCUCGUCGAUCAACGUGUUUGUGCCGCUGAUCUUUGAGCACUGUCUUACGCUACAGGCGCUGCCGCAGCAGCAGGCGCACGAAGCGGCACGGCAGCGCGGGCAGAUCUUUGUGGGCGUUGCACCGGGCAUCAAGAACCGGACCCUGUUUGGGGAGAUGGUGACGACGCAGGUGAAGACCAUGUCGUUCCUUGCGUACGUGCUGCGGGGCUCGGCGCCGAUCGUGCGGCAGUAUGCACACUUGCUCCCUGAGGUUAAUGUGCGGCUGCUGAAGGACUGCCCGCCGGAGAAUGCGGUGACACGCAAGGAGCUGCUCGUCGCCACGCGGCACAUUCUCUCGACCGACUUCCGCCAGCACUUUGUGGGCCAAAUCGACACGCUGCUGGACGAGCGUGUGCUGCUCGGCACGGGCGUGACGACGCGGGAGCUGCAGCGCCCGCUCGUGGUGAGCAUGCUCGCGGACCUAAUGCACCAUGUGCGGCAGGAACUGACGACGGCGCAGAUGGUCAAGGUGAUCAACAUCCAUGCGCAGCUGCUGCAUGAGCCGACGCUGGCGCCGAGCAUCCAGACGAUGUGUGUGAAGUUGCUGCUGAACCUCGUGGAGAUGAUUGUGAUGAAGCACACGGAGCACUCGGCGGCGAUGCUGCAUGGCAUAUUCCAGACGUUCCUUGAAAAGCUGCCGGCAGUGUACCAGCUAGGCGAGGACCUGCGGCAGAUCAAGGGCCAUGCCGAAGGCGACGACGAGGAUGCGCCGGAGACGGAUGCUGCGCGUGACAGUGCUGUGCGGGACGCGGUGCGUCUUGAGCAGGCUAGGCCGAUCCAGUCGGCGGUGGCCGUCCUGGAGCAUAUCAGUGAUCCCAUGAAGAACACGCGCUUCUUGUUCCGCAACCUACUGUUUGGCUUCAAGACACUCAUGACCGUGUUCAAGCACCGCGGGAUGGCCGAGCCGAACAGUGAGGUGAUGGGCCGGGUGUUUGUGGGCGGCGUGAAGAGCUGCCUGCUGCAGACGCAGCGCGACAGCCGCGAGGAGAAGGACAUGCUCGACUUGCUGACGAACAUAUAUAUCGAUCUCGCGCCCGAGACGUUCAAUGAGGUAUUUAUGACGCACAUGCCGUUCCUCUUUGAGCAGAUUCUGCGAACGCCUGCGCUGCUGGGCAUCCCUCAGAACCUGCUAUCGAACGAUGCCGUAUCGCGCCGCUUUGUCGAGAUCCUGCUCAAGUUCCUCGUGGCGCGCCUGGAGGACCUCGGCUCAAGUGACAAAAAGCUGGCGUCCGUGAGUCUGCGCCUGUUCAAGAUGGCCUUCAUGGCGGUGACCAUUUUCCCCGAGGAAAACGAGGCGGUGCUGCAGCCGCACCUGACGCAUCUGAUCAUGCACUCGCUGCACCUGGCGUCCAAGGCGGAGGCACCGACGAACUUCUUCCUGCUGCUGCGCGCCCUGUUCCGCAGCAUUGGCGGCGGGCGCUUUGAGCUGCUGUACAAGGAUGUGCUGCCGCUGCUCCCCGUCCUGCUGGAGAAGCUCAACCUGCUGCUGGAUGCGGCUGAGCCGAGCGAGCGCGAGCUCUUUGUGGACCUGUGUCUCACAGUGCCUGUGCGUCUGAGUGUGCUGCUGCCGUACCUAGGUCAGCUGAUGCACCCGCUCGUUCUUGCGCUGCGUGCGUCGCCGGAGCUGGUGAGCCAGGGACUGCGCACGCUCGAGCUAUGCAUUGACAAUCUGACGCAGGAGUUUCUGGACCCUGUGAUGCAGCCGUACAUCCAGGACAUUAUGGCGGCCCUGUGGACGCACCUCAAGCCGCUGCCGCACAACCACCAGCACUCGCACACGACGAUGCGCAUCCUCGGCAAGCUAGGCGGGCGCAAUCGCCGCUUCCUGCAGCUGCCACCGGUGCUCGAGUACCAUGCGACUAAUACGCCGCAGAUUUCGCUGCAGCUGAAUGGCACUCUCGAGCGGGUAGCGCUGCAGCCUGCGAUUGACCUGGCACUCGCGCAGGUCGAGGACAGCGAUGCCACAUUCCACCGCCCGGCGUUUGAGAUCCUGAUGAGCGCGGCGAUGGUGCUAGUGGCUGACGCCAAUGACCACGACUUGCGUAUGGAGCUGCGUCGCGUGACAGUUGGCCUGUUCGGUGCUGCGCGCCACGAGGGGCUUCGCAGCGAUGUGCGGUCGUUCUUGCUGGACCUGUACGCCCAUGUGCUGCACGCCGAGAUUCUGCGCGAGCUGCCCGGCCCUGGCGGCGUGUCGCAGCGCCACUUGCUGCCACUCACGCUCGUGAUGCUCGAGGCGAUGGCGCACGCGAUCGACGGCUUGGAUCAGAAAGGCGAGGCGCCGCACAUGGAGAUUUUGCUGGAGAUUGUGCGUCAGUUCCUGCACGACUGCGAGGCGAUGCCUGCGACGCGGCCGCGGCUGGGGCACACGGCGAUGCAUGCGCUUGCCUCAGCGUUCUGCUCGCGCUGCUACGAGCACCACUGGCACCGCCGGCUGGGCGGCUGGCUCGGCAUCGACACGCUGGUGCGGCGCGCUGCGCUGGGCGCGGGCUGGAUCUCCGACCACCAGCUUGAGUUUGUGCGUGCGCUGCUGUACAUGCUGAAGGACAUGCCGCCGGACCCGCCGCGGGACAUUGAGCGGAUCAGCGAGACGCUGUACUAUGUGCUGGAGCAGGCUUACACCGGCAAAACGCCGAAGCAUGACGUGGGAGACGAGGCGGGGCGUUCGGCGCGCGUGUACACAGAGUCGUCGCCGCACCUGCGCUGGCUCGUGGGCAUUUUGAUCCCUGAGCUGUCGUGUGCGAAUGAGAUGGCGCGGCACACGACGCAAAAGACGCUGGAGCUUUUGGCGCGUCUGACCGAGUGUCGUGUACGGGACCUGCUGGAGCCGCAGCGAGACCGGCUGCUGCUGCCGAUCUUUACCAAGCCGCUGCGGGCGCUGCCGUUUGGCAUGCAGAUUGGGCACAUUGAUGCUGUGACGUACACGCUGACGCUGACGCCGCCGCUGCCUGCGUUCAAUGAGGAGCUGUUCCGUGUGCUGACCGAGGCGCUGGCGCUGGCGGAUGCGGAGGACCAGGCGCUGAUGGGUCGUACGGUGCUGUACAAGAAUAUCAUGGCGGUCACCAAGCUGCGUGUGGUGGCGAUCGAGCUUCUGGCCGCGGCGAUGCAGUGCCAAGAGUUCCAGGGCCCGGAGCACGGUGCGACGCGCAUGCGUAUCAUUUCCGUGUACUUCAAGUGCCUGUACUCGCAGAGUGAGGAGGUGGUGCAAGUGGCGUACAAAUCGCUCAAGGCCACACUGGCACAGCAAAGCAAGCUGCCGAAGGACCUGCUGCGCAGUGGUCUGCAGCCGAUUCUCAUGACGCUCGCGGACCGCCACCGGCUGACGACCGCGGGCCUCGAUGGCCUGGCGCACCUUCUGCAGCUGCUGACCAACUACUUCAAGGUGGAGAUUGGUCUCAAGCUGCUGGACCACCUGACGGCGCUGGCGGACCCGACGAUGCUGCAGCAGGCGGCUACUGGUCUGCUGGACACGAAUGAGCAACUCAAGACGCUUGCGGCGAUUGUGCGUGUGUUCCAUUUGCUGCCCGACACGGCGUACCAGUUCCUGCCGCGCCUGCCGAUGUAUGUCGCGGAGAUGGAGGCGCACCUGCGGCGGGUUGGCCCGACGCCGUUCACGGACAUGCUUGUGCUGUAUCUGGACCGCUUUGCACCACACACGGUGCGCUACUUCUUCGAGGGCGAUCGGCUGCAGAAUGCGCGUCUCUUCCGUCUGCUGCGCCUCGCGCUGCGCUCGCCCAAGGGCGCGGCGCUGCGGCACGAGAUCAGUGUGCAGGCCGACAUGCUCUUGCUUCCCUUGCUUACGGAUGCGUCGCAGCGGGGCCCGGUCCAUGCAGCGCUGCAGAUGGUGCAGGAGCUCGUGCACCACGACGACCGAUGGCUUGUGGAGCACCGUGCGGUGCUCGAGCGUCUGCUCACUCUGUGGAACUCGUCCGAGGGUCAUGCGCAGCGGCGCGAGGAAGCCGAUGUGCUGUACACCCACGCGCCGCUGACGCCGCUGUACGUCGAGCUCUUGCACUCGGCGCUGCGUCACGAGCCGAUCGUCGAUGCCUACCUCGCGAUGCUCGAUUUGUACACGUACGCUCAGCCACGUGACUUGUCGCCGCACACGCGCUUCGCGUACGAGCAUGUGUGCGUGCAUGGCUCGCUGGCGACGAAGCGCGCGCUGCUACAGCGUGCGAUGACGCUCGUGGCAGAUGAUGGCGUGGCGCCCGUGUGUAAGACGCAUGCAUUGCGCGAGCUCGUGAACCCGACGCUGGUGGCCUCGUAUUGGACGGCCUCGGAGCUGCUCGACGCGGAGCUCGUGGCGCUAGUUGCGAAUGAGGUGUGGAAGCGGGUGCAGGGCGCGGGCGCCGCGCUCUUUGCGGACGAGGCGCUGCGUGUGGAGCUGCUGCAGAUGAGCACGCUGCUGGUCGAGCACGCCGCGGAUGUGCUCGCGGCGCAGGGCACGAUGAAGCUGGAUGCGAUCAAGUUUGGCUGGGCAUUCCUGUCCGCAGAGGACGUGACGGUGAAGCAUGCUGCGUACGUGUUCAUUGCGCGCUUCCUGCAAAAGUUCGAAAGUCCUAUCAAGAUUACGGGGCAGGUGUACAUUGGCCUGCUGCGACUCCCCCCGAGCGAUGGGCGCGCACUCGUGCGGCGCGCGCUUGACAUUCUCGUUCCAGCGCUCCCAUUGCGUGUGCCGUGCACGCCGGGGCAGGUGCCGCUGUGGGUCAAGUGGACGAAGCGCACGCUGCUCGAUGAGGGACACCAUGCGCUGCAGCUGUGCACGAUUCUGCAGCUUAUCGUGCGGUACCCCGACCUUUUCUAUGCCAGCCGCGACUUAUUCGUACCGCACAUGGUCACCUCGCUCGCCAAGCUCGGGUUCGCUAGCAGCGCAACGGCCGACUCGAAGAAACUCGCGAUGGAUAUCGUCGCGCUGCUCGUACAAUGGGAUGGCCCCGCGCCUGAGGCCGAGUCGCCGCCGCGCAAGCGCCUGCGCACCAGCGGCAGUCCGCCGCCGCCCUACACGAUGCCGGUCCAUCUGCGCGAUAUGGUCGUGAGCUUCGUCGCGCGCUUUGUUUCGCUCUCGCUCGAGCCGAUCGACAGUAGCGACGUGACGAAGCAAGCGUAUGCACUUUUGGAGCAGAUUCUCACGGCGCCCGCAUGGCAGGGCGUCACAGUGCGUAUCGCGCUCCUGCAGCGCGCGCUCGUUCACACCGAGGUCACAGACCAGAGCAUGGGCCCUAUGGUGAAUGCCCUUGCCACGCUGGAUCUCAUGACGCGCGGCCGCGACGUGGCAUGGAUGUCGGCACACGUCGCGCAGCUGCAGAAACUGCUUGAGAAGCCCUUGGCUAGCGAUCGUUUGCCCCUGCUGGACGCAGCGCGUCCCACAUUGGAGCGUUUAUGCAUGGUGCUGCCACCAGCGCCACCUGCCGACGACGAGGCGCCGCUUCCUGAGGACACGGCGCAGCUGUGCACCUACGCGGAAGCGCUUGUCACCGAGGGCCUGCGGACAGGCACGAACCUGGGCAGCGCACUCGCUGUCCUGACUGCCUGGGCGCACACACACCCUACGUGCAUCGACCGGCACCAGCUGCCGCUGGUCAAAGUGCUGACGCGUCUUACGAAGGAGCAUCUCGCUGCGGCGAGCGGGGCUGCUGAGCCGGUGCCUAAGCUGCUUACUCAGGUGCUGCAGCUGUUGCAGCUGCGGAUCUCGCACCUGGGCGACCAGCGGCGCUGGUUCCUGAGCGCAGUAGUCCAGCUCGUGGAAAAGUCGCCGAGUACGGAGCUGUGCCGUGGCCUUCUGGCGACGCUGCGGACGUGGAUUUUGGAUGCACGCGAGGUGUUCCCGACCGUGAAGGAAAAGGCGGGCCUGCUUAUCAAAAUGCUGUGCUUCGAGCAUCGGGACGCAUCACUCUUGCACGAGUUUUUGCAACUGAUCCUGGCCAUCUAUCGUGACCCGUCACUGGCACGCAGUGAGCUGACGGCGCGGCUGGAGCCAGCAUUCCUGCUGGGUUGUCGGCACCCUGAGGCGGCGGUGCGGCGCGAGUUUAUUGAGCUGUUUGAUGCAUCGCUCACUCGCUCGCUGCCCGGGCGCCUGCUGCACCUGCUCGGACACCAGAACUGGGAGAGCAUGGGCGAGCACUACUGGCUGCACCAAGUGCUCGACCUCGUGCUUGCGGCCAUCGACGGAUCGACACCCCUGGCCGAGGUGCAUGAUGCAAAUGGGCCCCUGGCGGAGCGUGUGCGCCGCAGUACGACGCAAACGUUCCUUACGGCGCUACGGGCGCUACAAUACCACGAUGUCCAAGCGGCCCAUGCGCUGUGGCAGCACUGGUUCCCUGCGCUGUGGGGCAGUCUGCCAAAACGACACCAGGGCGAGCUGAACCGGGCGCUCAUUGGCUGCUUGGUGCGAGACUCGCUAGUGCGCCAGGCAGCGGUGCGGCCGAAUGUCGUGCAGACGCUGCUGCUGGGGGCCGCGGGCUGUGCGCCGGCCUUGGAGCUGCCGCCGCAUGUGCUCAAGUACCUGGCCAAGACGUUCGAGGCGUGGUACGUGUCGAUGGAGCAACUGCAACUGCAACUUACGUCGCUGCGCACCGACGACGCGGUGCGCGAGUCGACGCAGGAUGCACUGGCCGAGCUGUAUGCGGAGCUGAGCGAGGCGGACUACUUUUAUGGCCUGUGGCGCCGGCGCUGCAUGUUUGUGGAAACGAAUGCGGCGCUGGCGUACGAGCAAAGCGGCAAGUUUGCUGAGGCGCAAGUGCUGUACGAAGCGGCGCAGGUCAAGGGCCGCUCGUCCGGUCUACCGCUCACCGAGAGCGAGUACUACUUGUGGGACGACCACUGGGUACUCAGUGCGCUUGAGCUGCAGCAGUGGGACAUUCUCGCAGACCUGGCCAAACUAGAAGGUAACGAGGAUCUGGCGCUGGAGUGUGCGUGGCGCUUGUCCGACUGGACGGCCGAUCGCGAAUCGCUGGAGCGCUCGCUCGAGAGUCUCCAAGUUAUGAGCACGCCGCGCCGUAAGGUAUUCGAGGCAUACCUGUCGCUACUGCGUGCACAGGCCGCGCCUGACAAGCCGUCCGACUUUGGGCGUAUCUGCGAUGAGGCGAUCCAACUUACGCUGGCCAAGUGGCACACACUGCCGGUGACCGUGUCCCAGGCGCACGUGCCGCUGCUCCAAAUCUUCCAGCAGUUUGUGGAGCUGCAGGAGGUCAGCACGGUGUUUGCCUCGUUGGCGCACACGAAUGCGACGAACUUGAACCACCGGUCGUCGGAGCUCAAGACGCUCAUGCAGACCUGGCGCGAGCGAUUGCCGAACCUGUGGGACGACAUCAAUGCGUGGAGCGAUCUUGUGGCGUGGCGGCAGCACGUCUUCUCGAGUGUGAACAAGGCAUAUUUGCCGCUAGUCCCGCUAAUCCAACGCAACGAGGGCCCCGGCUCUUCGACGCACUCGUACGCAUACCGCGGCUACCACGAGACGGCGUGGAUCAUUAAUCGGUUCGCACAUGUCGCAAGGAAGCAUGGUCUGGAUGACGUGUGCAUUUCGUCGCUGACCAAGAUCUAUACACUGCCAAACAUUGAGAUCCAGGAGGCAUUCCUCAAGCUGCGCGAGCAGGCGCGGUGCCACUAUCAUAAUUCAAACGAGUUGGCACAGGGCCUGAGUGUAAUCAACAACACGAAUUUGAUGUUCUUCGCUGCGGCGCAAAAGGCGGAGUUCUUCUCGCUCAAGGGCAUGUUCCUUCACAAGCUGGGGCUGAAUGACGAGGCGAACCAGGCUUUUGCCACGGCAAUUCAGAUGGACCUGAACCUGCCCAAGUCGUGGAAGGAGUGGGGCCGAUACAGCGAUCGCCUGUUCCGCGACAAGCCCACUGCGAUCCACAUGGCAGCGAAUGCGAUCAGCUGCUACCUGCAGGCUGCGGGCCUGUACAAAAAUGGCAAGUCACGCAAGAUUUUGGUGCGAGUGCUUUGGCUCCUGUCGUGUGAUGAUGCGCAGGGCACUCUGUGGCAGGCGUGUGACAACUACAGUGGCGAGACGCCGAUCUGGUACUGGAUUACGUUUAUUCCACAACUCAUUCAGCUGCUCUCGCACAAGCAAGCCAAGUUUGCGCGCAAGCUGCUGAUGCAAAUUGCCAAGUCGUUCCCGCAAUCGCUGUACUACUAUCUGCGCACCUCAAAGGAGGACUUUGUGCUGAUGAGACGCAGCCACCUAGCGGCCAAGGCGCGUGAGGCCAAGGACAAGACGAAGGACCAGAGCGUCGACGACGGGGAGGCCAACGCUGAGGCAAAAGAGGCGCCCAAGGAAGAGGCGAAGGAGAAAGAUCCCUGGCGCCAUGCUUGGGACCAUGUGGAGGAAAUCUUGAAUAUUCUCAAGACGGCCUUCCCCCUGCUGGCGCUGACGAUGGAGAAUAUGGCGGAGCAGCUGCAGCAGCGCUUCAAGCCCAACAACGAUGAAGACAUCUACCGGCUGACAAAUGCGCUGCUUAAUGAUGCGUUGCAGCAAUACAUUCAUCGUGCGCCCCUCACAACGGAUAAUGGGCAGCUGCCGCAAACAUCGCAGAUGAAUGUGACGCUGUUUGCAGACAACUUGCCGGCGGGCCCGUUGAAGACCGCGUUCGAGAGUGACUUUGUGAGAAGCAAACCAACGCUUCGUGAGUAUGUGGCGCGACUGCAGCGCUGGCGCGAUCGCUACGAGGAAUCACUCGAUAAGCGACCUCGCCGGCAGCACCUGGAACACUGCUCGCACUAUCUGGUCGAGUUCCAGCACCAAAAGUUCGACGAGGUGGAGAUACCCGGGCAGUACCUGGAACUUGCGGAUAACAACAGCAACUUUGUGCGUAUUACGCGGUUCCUCCCCGAAUACGGUCUAUUGCGCUCCAAUGGCAUGUGUAAUCGUCGUAUAACGAUCCUGAGCCAUAAGGGCUCGCUGCACUCGUUUGCGGUGCAACUUCCUUCUGCUCGCUACUGCCGCCGUGAAGAGAGGAUCUUCCAGCUGCUGCGCUUGCUGAAUACGAUUCUAGAGCGCAAAAUCCAGACACGCAAACGAGGACUAACCUUCAACGUCCCCACGGCCGUACCGAUCUCGCCACAGCUGCGGCUUCUUACAUACGACGAGUCCUUCAUCAGCAUGCAGGAUAUUUACGAGCGAUAUUGCAAACAGAUUGGCAUGGGCAAAGACGAUCCGAUUGUGGCGUGGGUGGAGAAAAUGCGAAGUACAUGGGAUGGCGGUUCGCACCGUCGCACCAAUGUGGACUUUGCAAACUUGCGCAUGGAGCUGCUCGAGGAGAUCAGCACCAAAAUGAUCUCAGACAAGAUCCUUACCCACUUUAUGGUCAAAUCCAUGAAUUCGCCUUGCGACUUGUGGUUAAUGCGCAAGCAGUUCACACUGCAAAUGUCUGCGACCAUGUUCCUCACCUAUAUUCUGUUCAUCAGUGCUCGGUAUCCCGGUCGGAUCCAUAUCUCCCGGUCUACCGGCGCAGUUAUCAUGUCAGAUGUGGUACCUACGUUUAGCCCGCAGGCACCACAUUUCAAGUCACCGGACCCGACGCCCUUCCGACUGAGUCCAAAUAUUCAACACUUUAUUGGUGCGAUUGGUAUCGAGGGUAUCGUGACCAGUUCCUUUAUGGCCCUAGGCACAGCUCUCACCAUGUCCGAGCACGGGCUGGAGGAUUACUUGGGCAUCUUUGUGCGAGACGAGCUUCAAUUUUGGUUCAGUGGAAUUCAACAGAACCACACUGCUUCCAACGGGGCCAGUAAGUAUUCGGAGCCCAAUGUGGACUUAGUGCGCCAAAAUGUUCUCGAGAUUGUGAAGCGUGCACGCCUCAUGUCUUGCAAGUAUGGCCUUGAGAUGGUACGUAAUUCUAUUAUGCUGACUUCAAAACAGACGUCCAGCACGCCAGCAAAUCAAGCUGUUCUUGACUUGAUCAAUUACGCUAGUCACCCCAGCAAGUUGGCACUGCAGGACCCUACCUGGAUGCCAUGGCUUUGA